CUGUAGUGUAACUAACAAAGCAGGCCAAAGGCGUGCAGAAACGCGACCAGCAUGACAUUUCUUCAAGCGCUCGAAAAAUCCUCAGCGGUGGAACUUUACACGUACAUUACCCUGUUGUUGAUAUGUGUUCUACUCUACAUCUUCUCGGAUUAUCUGAAAAUAUGCACGCUUGCGUUCCGGCUACCGGGUCCAACCGCAUACCCUGUCAUCGGAAAUUGCUUGGAAAUUGCCAAAAAAGAUCUGAUCUCACGAGAGAUGUCAGAAGCUUACAAAAACUAUGGCCCGUUGGCGCGCGUUUGGAUAUUCGUCUUCCCGAUGUUCGUGGUGUUCGAUCCAAACGACCUCAAGGUGAUCCUGUCCUCGAAGAAGCACACCAACAAGUCUAUGUUUUACAAGCUACUCCACAAUUUUCUCGGUCGGGGGCUUAUCACCAGCAGCGGACACAAAUGGAGCUCGCAUCGCAAACUGAUUCAGCCGUCCUUCAGUAUUGCGAUUCUCGAGAAGUUCAUAGAUACAUUUACUGAUAGCGCAUCGUCGCUCGUUGACAAACUCCCCAAGGAGGAAACCAUCCUUAAUGUCACCGAAUAUGUGAACAACUGUGUGCUCGACAUUCUCAAUGAGGCCGUUCUGGGAGUUCCGGUGAAGGCAGUGGACAAAAAGGAGAUGGAGAAAUCGCCUUUCAGGCAAGGCAAAGUCGUCGCCCCGUAUCGCAUCACACAUCCCUGGCUUCUGUUUAACUCCAUCUACAAGCUCACCGAUGCAGCAACGGCCGAAUUGAACCAAAAGAAGCAAUUGGAUGAUUUUUCAAGAAAUAUGAUACGUCGACGACGCGAAAUAUUGAAAACGCUCUCGGCUACGGAUAGACGCUGUCUACUGGAUUUCAUGAUCGAAAUCUCGAACGAAAACCCCGAAUUCACGGAGGACGACAUCAUCGAUGAAGCAUGCACAUUCAUGUUAGCGGGUCAAGAUUCGGUCGGUGCCGCCAUCGCCUUUACGUUGUUCCUGCUCGCGCGUCAUCAAGACCAUCAAGCCCGGUGCUAUGAAGAGAUCCAACGGCAUAUCGGUCUCGACAACUCGAAGAUGCCCACGGCCGAGAGUAUCCGCGAACUGCGCCAUCUCGAGGCGUGCAUCAAAGAGAGCCUCCGUCUUUAUCCAAGCGUACCGCUGAUGGCACGCAAAAUCGGCGAAGAUGUACGAGUGGACAAGUACAACCUCCCAGCCGGUACGGAGAUCCUUAUUCUGCCGUACGCCACCCACCGGCUCGAACACAUUUAUCCCGACCCGGAACGGUUUGAUCCGGAACGGUUCGGGGACGGUGCACCACACCAGAACCCGUACGCCUUCCUUCCGUUCAGUGCGGGACCACGAAACUGCAUUGGGUACAAAUUUGCGUACAUCGAAAUGAAGACGGUUAUCUCGCGGGUGUUGCAAAAUUUCCACCUAACACCAGCACCGGGCAAGGAGCAGGUAGAGCCCAUCUUCCGCAUGACCUUGCGAGCAAAGGGUGGCCUGUGGGUGAAACUGACACCAAGAAAUCCGGUCGCAUAGUCGCGACAUAGCGGGUGUACUCCGGCUAGUGUGUAAAAGUAACGUUACUGGUAAGGGAUACAAAUAAAUUAUGUGACCUUAGUAUUACGAGCGAGAGCAGCAUUUUCUUUCGUCUCAGGGAAACAACCCACGAAUGGUUCGUUGUGGGUCCUAGAAGGUAUCCAAAGCUACAUUUUGAACUUUAU